AUGGCGUCGGCGUCUACAUAUCACGAACAAGCUCUCUCAAAGCUUCAAAAUCCUAGUUUGUUUUUAGGAGAUGCCUUUAUUGAUGGAAAAUGGGUAUCCAAAGAGUCUAAAUUUGUAGUAUACGAACCAUCAACAGGCACAAGCCUAGGUCAAGUGGCAGAUUGCAACCUCGAAGAUUUCAAACGUGCUAUUGAGAGUGCAGACAAGGCACAACCAGCAUACUUUGAGAGUAUCACUGCUGCGGGGCGUGGCGCACUUUUGAGGAAAUGGUACGAUCUCAUAAUAGCGAACAAGAAAGAUCUUGCAACGAUCUUGAGUCUUGAAAACGGAAAGACAUACUCGGAAGCUGAAGGAGAAGUCGUCUACGCAGCAAGUUUUAUUUCUUGGUUUGCUGAAGAAGCCCCGAGGGCCUACGGUGUGACAAUUCCGUCUUCAUAUGCUCGCACGUCGGUGUUUACCACCCGCCAACCCGUGGGUGUCUGCGGCAUUAUUACUCCUUGGAACUUCCCUGCAGCCAUGAUCACCAGAAAGGUUGGCCCUGCCCUGGCCGCAGGAUGCAGCGUUGUUAUCAAACCACCCAGUGAAACCCCAUACACCUGCUUGGCAUUGACCAAACUGGCCGUCGAAGCUGGCCUGCCCCCUGCAGUGAUCCAAGUAUGCCCGACCAAGAACCGGGAAGCUGCUACCGAGCUGGCUACAAACCCGUUGGUUCAUAAAAUUAGCUUCACAGGUUCUACUGGUGUGGGAAAAUACCUCGCCAAGCUAGCAGCUGGUACAGUGAAGAAAGUUAGUCUUGAGCUGGGGGGCAAUGCGCCAUUCAUUGUCUUCGACGACGCCGAUAUUGAUGCGGCUGUUGAGGGUGCCAUGUUUUCCAAAUUCCGAUGCUCUGGUCAGACUUGCGUAUGUGCCAACCUUAUUUAUGCCCAGAAAGGUAUCGCGAAGCAAUUCACUGCCAAGUUGAUUGCAAAAGUUGCAGCCCUAAAGACAGGUCCCGGUCUAGACCCAUCAACAACCCAAGGGCCCCUAGUGAACAGGGCCGGUGUUGACAAGGUUGCCCGUCAUAUUGAAGACGCAUUGUCCAAAGGUGCUCGCAUUGAAACUGGAGGUGCGAAACCACAGUCUGCGGGCUUCUUCCAUGAGCCUACGGUUCUAUCUGGAAUUACACCAAACAUGCUAGUGACCAGCGAGGAGACAUUUGGACCUCUAGCUCCGGUAAUCGAAUUUGAAACUGAGGAAGAGGUUCUUCGUCUUGCCAAUUCUUCGGAGUUUGGUUUGGCAGGAUACUUUUUCUCUCAAGAUGUCAGCCGGGUGAUGCGUGUUGCUCACCGUUUGCAAGUCGGUAUCAUCGGCGCCAACACUGGCAAAAUCAGUGCUGCUGAGUCACCUUUUGGCGGAGUCAAAGAAAGUGGAUAUGGCAAGGAAGGAAGCCUCUAUGGGCUACAAGAAUACCAGAUUACCAAGAGCAUUACUCUUAGCAACUGUGUGACGGGCGAACUCCAUCAUGCUCCUAUUGUGAUAAUAAAGGCAGAAUUUGCCAUUAUCAGGUUGGGGGAGACAAACGAAAGUACACUUUCUCUUCGGUUUGCCGUUGAGCUCCUUGCUAGUCGAGUCGGUCAAUUGUCGCAGUUUAUCGCCGAUCAGGGCCUUUCGCUUCCACUUGCACCUUUAGAGGACGACCUCGCAUUAACCAACGCAUUGGAAUCCGUUGGCCUAGGAAAUUUGAAUGUGAUUAUAAAAAGCCCGAAACAAAAUGUUGCCAACUUGCCUUUGUCACAGGAGGAGUUGCAAAGUUUCACAGCAGAACCGGUGCUGCCUGAGGAUGAAUACGGGGGUUCGACACUGACAGGAGCUGACCUGCAGGCAUUUCCCGUUCCUGGUUUUAACGGACACGAACAACUCCAACCAGACAUAAGCCCGCCCUCAUUCCAGUAUAGUUCUGAUGAACUAUACUUGCCGACGUUUAGUGAAGAGGUAGCAGGGUUAGAUUGCACUUUACAAGAAGAUAUUGGCGACCCUCGAGAGCAUGAUCUCUCGCCGGAUCAACUCUGGGGCCUAAUUAGCGACACUGAACUGCAAUAUGAUCGUUCUAGCUUGCCUCACCCAUCAAUGCCGUCUUUAUUCAUGAAUCAAAUACCAGGCCAUACCCCAGGUCGCACAGAAGAAAAUGGCGAUACGGGUAACGGCGAGGUUGAGGAGAUCGAGGAACUUGUCAAUCAGUUAUCCGAUAGAAUGGGAAGCUUACAAGUUGGCUCCGAUGGCCGCGUUCGGUUUUACGGACCAACAUCUCAUUUCAACUUGCUAAAAAUGCCAGCUCCAGACAAUCUGACUGUUCAUCGAACUGUUCGAAAGGAUGGACAGAACGUGCUUACUCGCUUGGGCAUUGAUAAAGAAGUAUCACCAGAGUUCGAAGAGCAUUUAAUCAGCUUAUUUUUUGCGUGGCAUAAUCCACUGUUUUACGUUGUUGACAGGGAAAUUUACUAUCAAGAAAGGCAAAAAUCGCGUGUCGAUAGGGAAGAAAGUAUGUACUAUUCCGAGGCUCUGACAAAUGCCAUGUGCUGUCUGGGAGCUGCAUUCGUGCCCCGCUACCAUCCAGAUUUUGUUACAUAUCCCAAAUCUGUUUCGGACUUCUUUGCCGAUAGAGCAAAAGCCUUGAUCGAUAUCGAACUUGAUUUGCCCUGUGUGGCGACAAUUCAAGCAAUGGUCGUUCUUAGCGGGCAUGAUAUUGGCUGCAAGAGAGAUGCCCGAGGCUGGCUGUACAGUGGAAUGGCGAUGCGACUUUCCUUCGACUUAGGGCUACAUAUUGACAUGGCUCCACAUGUAGCUGAGGGAUCUAUUACCACUGACGAGGCCGAACUUCGUCGUAUAGUGUUUUGGGGAACAUAUGCCACAGAUCAUCUUUGGGGUUUUUUUCUCGGUCGACCAUUCAGAAUCAACAUGGAAGACGUAACCGUCGACAAACCCGGCCGCCACUUGAUCAAUGACCGUGUCAGAAAAUGGAGUGCCUAUGGCUUAACGGAAUCCUGCACAACCACGGCACCAUUAACAGACCAUCUGCAGCUGUUGAGCCAAUAUCGGGUGGAGCUUUGUGAAAUAAUGGCGCCGCUAGGCCACGCUCUGUACGGAUGGUCACAUAUCUCAAAGCACAGACUUCAAAGUUUGAGUAGGAGGUCAACCGACAGACUUUUAAAGUGGAAGAAUGAGCUUCCUCCAUACCUACAAGUCGAUUUAGAUGAGACCAAUGCUGUGUUUCUGCCUCAUGUUCUCUUGCUCCACAUGCAAUAUUAUCAAGCUAUCAUUCACAUUCAUCGACCUUGGAUGUCCAAGCACUAUGUUCAGCCCCAGCCGCCCCAUGGGAAUGGCUAUAUACAUGCUCGAAAUAUGUGUAUUGAUGCUGCUGUGGCAAUUUCAAAACUUCUAAGACUCUACGAAAAGGAAUACACUUUUAAAAGAAUGGGCAUUCAAGCAGUGUCUAUAACAUGUUCAGCGGCUUUAAUGCUCAUAUUUGCAACCAUGUCCAGGCCUCUCCCCGAUAACCAUGUCAAAGGAGAAAAGUCCGAGUUCGUCACAUUUUUAAGUGGCUGUUUUCGAGCUUUGGAGGAAUUUAGUUUGUCGUGGGAGAGUGCAAAGAGAGCACAGGCCUUUCUUACAGACCUACAGCGACGAUGGGAAACAAGGGCUACUGCAUAUCAUUCAGUGAAACGUGUCAUGACACCUUCGCACAGUAGACCCCAGUCACGGGCUCCUGGGCCAAAGCGUUCACGUGUGUCUGAUAGUUUCAAUAUGACAGAGCCUAGUAUUGCCUCGAAUUCCACCUAUGCAAUCAGAAUCUCGCACUCUGAAAGCUAG